AUGUCCAAGCCUUCCGAUCACAUCAAGCGCCCCAUGAACGCCUUCAUGGUUUGGUCCCGGGGACAGCGUCGGAAGAUGGCCCAGGAGAACCCUAAAAUGCACAAUUCGGAGAUUAGUAAGCGCCUCGGGGCCGAGUGGAAGCUGUUGUCCGAGGCCGAGAAACGCCCUUACAUAGACGAAGCCAAGAGGCUGCGCGCCCAGCAUAUGAAGGAGCAUCCCGACUACAAGUACCGGCCCCGCCGCAAGCCUAAGAACUUGCUCAAGAAGGACAGGUAUGUCUUCCCUUUGCCUUACCUCGGGGAUACCGACCCCCUCAAGGCGGCAGGGCUCCCCGUGGCAGCCACAGACUCUCUGCUCAGCUCCCCGGAGAAGGCGAGGGCCUUCCUGCCCCCCACCUCCGCACCUUACUCUUUACUUGACCCCAGCCAGUUCAGCUCCAGCGCCAUCCAGAAGAUGACCGAGGUGCCCCACACCUUAGCUACCAGCACUCUGCCCUACGCCUCAACCUUGGGAUACCAGAAUGGGGCUUUUGGCACCUUGAGUUGCCCGAGCCAGCACACCCACACUCACCCGUCGCCAACCAACCCAGGCUACGUGGUGCCUUGUAACUGUACGGCUUGGUCUGCGUCCAGUUUGCAGCCUCCUGUUGCCUACAUAUUAUUCCCGGGCAUGACCAAGACUGGAAUAGACCCCUAUUCUUCAGCGCACGCUACAGCCAUGUAA